GAAGAGGCGAUGCACGCACUGUCAAAACAUACUCGUUUAUUCGCGGUUAAUCGAAAGCGAAAAGUUUUAACAGCCGUUUUGUUACUGAAGGUUGUUUUUUUAAUUUAUUUAGGAGUUUUCUCGUGCAAGGUUUUAUUCGGCAAUGUACAUUGGCAUCAGUGGCUUAAAAUACGUGUUGGUGUAAAAUAAGUAAAAUAAAUAAUCAAAAAUACGCAUAACGAUUCGCUCCGAAAGUGCAAAACCAUGUCAUUGUUCCAUCCGGCAAAGCGGCUGAGCGGCAGUGGACAAGACACUGAUUUUAACCAGGAUGAGGAUGUUCCGGAUAGCUGUGACGUUUUGCAUUCGUCCGGAAGUGGGUCGCUCAGCAAUAGCAUCUCUGGCAGGGAUAAGGAAUGCUCAGACGAAUUUUCCAGGAGAGCUACUAGGAGCAUUCAGCCGAAAAGGGUUUCCGAGCUACCUCCAUUGGAAUCGGAAUCGGAUUCGGAUGAUGACAACAAUUUGAACUGCGCUAUUUUGAACGAUUCGUUCCUCUUGACUCCAUCGAAAAACGUCGACGAUAUGGAUAGUGCUCAGAAACCAUCAAAAGCAAUGCCUAGUCCUGACCACAAGGAAAAUGUACAUGCUCGCAAGAAGCUAGAGGAUAAAAUGAACAAUGCUAAAGACCCCGAACCGCAGGAAGCAAAGAUUUUAAAGCGUGUUCCUUUAUUAGACAGGCGUCAGCUUGAGAAGCAGUUUUCGCUUCUUUCCCAGAGUGCUUCAAGAUUAUCGAGGGCGAGGGAUUCAGGGAUCAACAGUACUACCUCGUCAGUUCUUUCUGCAACAGAACAGGUGACAGAGAUCGAAGUAAAGCCCAUCAACAAGAACGAGACGGAAGAGCAAGAUUUGGGCCGAAGCCUUCGAGAGCAGAAAAUGCCAUCUCCACCCAAGGAUCAUCUGUUCGUAACUCCACGAGAGAAAUUUCCUCAAAGUCACGUACGGGGAAUGUCGUCACGGGCAAUUACUUCCACUACAAAUCGUAAAUCCCGGAAUACGUUGCAAAACGAAUUCAAAUCUCAGAAGAUUCUCUUUGCUACUCCUUUGGCCACAGGUUUGCCCCGGCCUCCGAUGGGUGCGAAUGAUAGUUUAUCGCUAUCGCUGGUGGACACACCAAUUAAGUCGAAAGAUAGACCGUUGUCGCCGAUUGUAGAGCAGCAACAAGUACGACCCGCAAAACGUUCAACAGAUGAUCUAUUCCCGGCAACUCCCGGACCAGAAAAGCGCCUAUCACCGGAACCAACACCUCGGACAACGAAAGAUGUUGCGCCACCUGUAGUCACGAUGGAGGAACUUCGGCCGGUUGAUCAAUCACAAGCCAAACCGUUCCCUGUGAUCGCGAUAAACGGUAAGGAAUAUCAAGUGCUGAAAAAGUUAGGAUCCGGUGGAUCAAGUUCCGUGUUUUUGGCCAAGCAGAUGGAAACCGGUAUCGAGUGCGCCUUGAAGUUAGUCAAUCUUGAAGGUGACGCAAGCCUUGUAGAGGGUUAUUUAAACGAGACAAAGUUGUUAGCCAAAUUACAAGGAAAUGAAAAUGUAGUAGCCCUCCACGAUUACUGUCACCAUCCCGAAGCGAAUCAACUCUUUCUUGUGAUGGAAAAGGGAGACUGCGAUCUCCACAAAAUUCUUCAAAACUACCGUAAGGACAUCCCACUGUAUACGCUGAUGCAGGUUUGGUAUCAAAUGGUGCAAUGCGUGCAUUACAUUCACGAGCACGGAGUCAUCCAUCUGGAUCUGAAACCCGCUAAUUUUCUCAUGGUCAAAGGACGCCUCAAGCUGAUCGACUUCGGCAUUGCCAGCAACAUUGCUUUCGAUUCCACUAGUAUUAUGAAGUUCUCCCAGGCCGGUACCUUCAAUUACAUCAGCCCAGAAGCCCUGAUCGACACAUCGACGGAAUCCAGUCCUGCCACUUCGCAGCCCAAGAUCAAGAUGUCGAAAAAGUCCGACAUCUGGUCGCUGGGAUGCAUCCUGUAUCUGUUGCUGUACAAGAAGACUCCAUUCGCCCACAUCAAGAACAUACACAACAAGGUAAGCAUCAUCACAAAUCCCCAUACGGUGAUUGAGUAUCCUCCGCUACCGAUCUACUACCCGGCCAUGCUGCUGGAGAUGCUGCAGAGGUGCCUCAGGUAUGACCCGAAAUCCAGGGCUUCGACGGCGGAAUUGCUGCAGUAUCCAUUCGACAUGGUGAUACCGCUUCCGAAUGGAGAAGCGCCCAAGUGAUUACGACAACGAUGACAUGCGAUUGUAAGUUUGCACCUAAGUUAUCUUCAUUUGAUGCAUGCCAGUGUGGGGCGGCGAUGCAUAGUUUUGCUAGCAUUUUAGUCCGGAAAUAUUUAUUACGUAUAGAUAUUGCUUAUUAUAUUACGAAACUAACACAGUAACUUAAGUCUCAAACAGAUUGUAUUUCUAUUUGAUGCAUUUUCCAAGGUGUAUAUAUAAAAAGAUUUAUUACAAACGGAUCCUCGUAGUUCUGUUUCAAGUAUACCUAGUUCUA